CUUCCUUUGUUUUUCCUCUUCCCUCAUCAUUUUUAUUUGUCAAAAGACUCAAAACUCACCAUGAACAAUCAGCAAAUCACUGAACUUACGCUCAAAAUUGUUACUUUCACUUGUAAUUAAAAUAGCAGUUCAGUUAAGAUACAAAUCUACUCUUAUAAUUUUGAUAUUUAACCUAAACCCAUAUCAAUUUUCCCUCAUUUUUGGCGUUCAUCUAUUGAAAAGAAAAAAGAAUGCCGCAAGUGAGAAUCAUAGCGAAGAAUUUCAUUGAUAUGGUGGCGUCAUUGCCUGCUGUCAAGCUCGAUAUGCUAUAUGCUAAUCCCUUCAUUUGUGAAGCUAUUCUCAGGUCCUUGCCUCCUUUGGCAAAGAAGUACAUUUUGCAAAUGUUGUACAUUGAUGCUCCAGUACCUGCCAAGUCCUUGGAAGAGUGGGUUCUUCCUGAUGGACUCUCAAAACAUAGAGUUGCUAUCGACCGAUUGAUUCAACUGAGAGUUCUUACUGAAAGUCUUGACAGGAAAAAGGAAACCAACUAUGAAAUGAAUGGAAAGUUUCAAGUUAACCUUCAGAAGCAGCUAAUAUAUGGUGGAGAAUUACCAAGAGAACCAAUGCCUAAAAAUGCCGUGAGACUUCCAAGCUUGGAGGAACUAGAUACCUAUGCUCUUGAACAGUGGGAGCGUUUCUUGCUGCAUCUUAUUAGCUCCAGUCAAGCGGAAAAGUUGACAAACUUCUGUCCUUCUAUGAUGAAGGUUUUCCAACGUGGUCUCUUGAGUCAAAGAGAAAAAGAAGGUUCAAGGUUAACUGAGUAUGGUUUCCAGUUCCUGCUGAUGGAGACAAAUGCGCAACUUUGGUAUAUUAUCAGAGAAUAUAUUGCCAGUGCUGAGGAGCGUGGAGUAGACCCAGCAAAUUUGAUUUCAUUUUUGCUAGAACUUAGUUUUCAUGAGAUGGGACAGGCAUACAACAUUAACACUUUGACUGAUGUUCAGAAAAGUACGAUUAAGGACCUUGCUGAUUUGGGAUUAGUCAAACUUCAGCAGGGAAGGAAGGAGAGUUGGUUCCUUCCGACAAAGUUGGCUACCACUCUUUCGGUUAGUUUAUCUGAUACAGCGACUAGGAAACAGGGUUUUGUGGUUGUGGAGACAAACUUUAGGAUGUAUGCUUAUUCUACGUCCAAAUUACAUUGCGAGAUUCUUCGUCUUUUUGCAAGGAUAGAAUACCAACUUCCUAAUCUCAUUGUUUGUGCAAUUAAUAAAGAAAGCCUGUAUAACGCCUUUGAAAACGGUAUCACUUCAGAACAGAUAAUCUCGUUUCUUCAGCAAAAUGCACAUCCUCGUGUAGCUGAGAAAAUACCGACUGUCCCAGAAAAUGUUACAGACCAGAUUAGGCUUUGGGAAUCAGACUUAAAUAGAGUUGAAAUGUCACCUGCACAGUUUUAUGAUGAAUUUCCGUCUAGGGAUCUGUUCGAGGCAGCUUGUGACUUCGCCCGAGAAUACGGUGCUUUGCUAUGGGAAAACCCAAAAAAGAUGCAGCUUGUUGUAAAAGCAGAACUACAUAAUGAUCUGCGGGAGUACCUCCGACGCCAAAAACAAUAACGUAUUUUUGUAGUUACCUGCCAAGCGGGAACAAAUAAGAGAUAAUAGUUACGUUCAAAGGAAAGGAAGAAAAACCACGAAUGGACCAGGUGGUUGAAGACUAUUUUUUUUCCAUCCUUAUGACAAGAGAAUUCGCACAACAUAUAUACAAAAAAACGUAGAAAAUUCUUUAUCCUUACUUAAAACGAUAUAGUUAAAAAGAAUUACUGUGUUCAAUUUAUAGAAUUUAAUUUAGUAUAAAAUAUCAGUUUAGUUUUGAUUUUUAGCCAUUAAUGACCGUAUUCACAAUCUACUAUCUUUAUUUUUAUAUUGUGUUUCGUUGUGUAUUGCGUUUGAAUUUUUAUGUUUGAAUCUGAUUGAUAAGAUGACAAACAAUAGGCUAAAUGAAGGUAGAAUAUGUACAAACAAGGUGAUACAUCUUCGAAAUUUCCAAGUUCUAUUGUAUUGUCUUGUACUCCAUACAAUAAUUGUUGCUAAUGACGUUUGGUUAUUCUAGUUUUGCCGCUAUUGGUGAUGUGCUUAGUUUGCAUAUAGAUAGAUUCAUUGAUUACGCCUUGUCAUAAGGAUAAUACUUUUCAUGGGGUAUAUGUCUCAAGACACAAACAUAGGCUACAUAGCAUCACUUUUUGAAAAAGACAUAACACCAUAUCCAUAUACAUUACUCAAGUUUAUCAAUCAUUUUUUUAAAAAAUAUUAAUAUCUCGCAUUACUCAUCUAAAUAAUCAGUCAAAUU